GUGGCGGAUCACGCAUAACGUCUCUAUCCAGUACUCAUGGCUACCCGCCGGGCUGCUAUUUCACGUGAAGCAGACAAUGCUGUUGUAGGAGCAAUGAGAUUAAAAGCCCAGCUGAAUAGUAGAAGAGCUGCUCUGGGAGAAAUAGGCAACAAGGUGACAGUGCGAGGUGGAAAGCAGCCUGCAGUUAAGAACUCUAAUGCCGUGUCAAAGACAACAAAGCCUGUUACUGCCAAAGUUUCAAAUGUUACAGUUAAGACAAAGGCUGUACCUGAAGCUCCCCCAAAAGAAGCCUCACCAGUUCCUAUGGACGUGUCAAUGAAAGGAGAAGAGGAACUGUGUCAAGCUUUUUCCGAGGUUCUAAACCAUGUAGAAGACAUUGAUGUGGACGAUGGUGGUAACCCACAGCUUUGCAGCGAGUAUGUCAUGGAUAUCUACAACUACUUGAGACAGCUGGAGCUCAAGCAGUCAAUUAAACAAAGAUAUCUAGACGGAAUGGAGGUUAACGAACGCAUGAGAGGCAUCCUGGUUGACUGGCUGGUCCAGGUUAACUCCAGGUUCCAGCUGCUUCAGGAAACCCUAUACAUGGGUAUUGCUAUUAUGGAUCGGUUUCUUCAAGUUCAGCCUGUUUCCCGUGGCAAACUUCAGCUGGUUGGUGUAACAUCACUCUUUGUGGCUUCCAAAUAUGAAGAGAUGUACAGUCCAGAAGUGGCAGACUUUGUUUAUAUCACAGACAAUGCAUACACCGCAUCCCAAAUUAGAGAAAUGGAGAUGCUAAUCCUUCGUGAGCUCAACUUUGACUUGGGACGACCACUCCCCCUUCACUUCCUACGACGUGCAUCAAAGUCGUGCAGUGCUGAUGCAGAGCAGCACACACUAGCAAAGUACUUUAUGGAACUUGCCCUUGUUGACUAUGAAAUGGUUCAUUUCCACCCUUCUGGGGUUGCAGCAGCUGCACUCUGCUUAGCCCAAAAGGUCCUUGGAGUUGGCAGCUGGGGGGCUACACAGCACCACUACACUGGCUACACAGAGGAAGAUCUGACUCUGAUCAUGAAACACAUGGCUAAAAAUGUUAUCAAAGUCAACCAAAAUCAGACUAAGCAUGUGGCUGUGAGGAAUAAGUAUGCCAGCAGCAAGCUGAUGAAAAUAAGCACCAUGCCUCAGCUGAUGUCUACAGUUAUUACCGAACUGGCUGCAAGUUUGACUUUCCAGUAAAACUGUCUUGCAACACUAGGACUACCACUUUUUGCACUUUUAUGAAACUGCCAAUACUGGCAAAA